AUGAGUUUAAAAAUAAAAACAGAAGAAGGUAUUCAAAAAAAAAUAAAAACAGAAGAAGGUAUUCAAAUAAAAAUAAAAACAGAAGAAGGUAUUCAAAAAAGAAAAAUAAAAACAGAAGAAGGUAUUCAAAGAAAAAUAAAAACAGAAGAAGGUAUUCAAAAAAGAAAAAAAACAACAACAACAGAAGAUAUUCAAAAAUGGGUAAAUAGAAAUAAAACUAUACCAAAUUCAAGAAAUAUUGCAAGUUUUUUAGGUGCAGACCGUGAAUCUAUUGAAACUUUGAUAUAUGAAAAUAAAUAUAGUUUUUAUGAUGUGAAAAUAGGGAAAAUAAAUUAUUAUUUUAUAAAAAAAAAUAAUUUUUCAAUAAUUUCAAGUUUUUUAAAAGAACAACACCAAAAAGGAAAUUGUUUAUCAAGAGAUAGGAUGAUUGAAAAGCUUAAAUACCACUUUUGGCCUUUUAAAAACAAAACCAUUAGAAAAACAUUAAAUGAAUGCAAAAUUUGUGGUAGACCUGAUUUAUCAAAAUAUUUAAAGUCUUUGAUAAAACAAGAGCAAUCUUUCAUUAAAGUUCAACCAAAUUUGGUCGAUAUUAAUAACAUUUCCGACAUAAAAUUAUUAAUAAUACCUAAACUAGAAAAUAAUAUUUUUUUUCUUCAAAUUAUAAAUUUUUAUACAAAAACUGUAAUUUAUAUUAAUUUUUACGAAGAAGACGAUCAAGAAAUCCCAAUAAAAGAAGAAGAAGAAGAAGAAGAAAUUCCAACACAAAAAUUAACAUAUAUGGACGAUAAUGAAUUUUAUCAAAAUAUAAUCGAAAAAACCGGGGUUGUUCAGGUCAUUAAUAUUAAUUUUAAAUCAACCAAAAAAAAAGACGAUACUUUGUUCCUUUUGUGCCAUCAUUUUGAACAUUUAUAUUUAAAUUAUAAUAUUUUUAAAAAUUUUUUUUUAUAUUAUGAAACUUAUUAUGAUUUAAAUAAUUUAUAUAAAAAAUACGAAAAAAUAAAUAAAAUUAUUUAAUUAUUAUUAUUUUUAUUUGUUUUUAAAAU